ACAGGAAAGGAAGGCAAAUACAAAUUAAGUGGAUUCUUUGGAAAUAAAUACCAAGGAUAAUUUUGAAGAUCAAACUGUGGGUUUUUCACCUGAUGUCUCUUUAUUUUACACUUGAUUGUUUUUGUGAAUGUUGUACAUUUUCUGUUGCUUAAUGGGAAUAUUUUGUUAACCUCUAGUUUUGUGUUUUGAUUCCUUACUAUAAAAAUAAACAGCUGCUUGUACAAAAUACAUUUUAGAUUAAAUAUAACUAUAGCUUAUGCAUAUUUCUGUCUUUUUGCAUUUUUUCAUUCCAUAAUUUCCAAACAUGUACAAUUUUUUCUGUGUUGUUUAAUGUAGAUUUGUUUUUUUUAUUAUUAUUAUUAUUUGUUUCUAGAAGCUUGUUAUUUAUUUCUUUAGUAUCCUGUGACAAGGCCUAUAAAUGGUUUGAAUAAAAAAAAAAUUAAUAUAAAUCUAACCGUCAUUCUUUCUCUGCACUAAUAUUCUCUUAUAUAAUAGAAAGCAAAUUCCUGGGAUUAUCAUACGAACAGUUUUUGGAAAUAAAUGUCACUGAUAAGAAAUAAAAUGCACAUGUGUGGAAGUCUGCCAGUAGGGUAGUACUUAAGGAACUCUAAUCUUCCAUGAGCUGACCUCUGCUGAGCCUGACUGCUGCCCACUGAUUGGCUACGACACUAAGUAGGGGUAAAUUGACCCACAGCUCCUCUGCAAGCAACAGGUUGCUGCAGUUCUACCUGCCAGUACUUCCAAGAUGAUGGGUUUCUGGUGGCAUAAAGUCACAACUUUUGCUAACACUAGAUAGCAUUAGCUAACUAUAUACUUGUAGCUUGAUGUAAGCCAUUUGAAGAGAUUGUAGGCUGUCCAUGCAAGGGAAAGUUUGGAGAGUGGUUAAGGACACCUGAGCGCAUUUAAUUUUCUGCUAUGGGUUAUUUUACUGGACCAAAACUUCUGGAUUUUAAGAGUUCACCACCACAUCUUCAGUUCAACAAGUAUGUCCAUACAGGAUACCGGCCUAUAUCCACUUGCAGAGAGUGUCUGCAAAGUUUGUUCUAUCUUCACAAUGAAUUUGGGAACAUCUAUACACAUGGUGUCCCCUUCAUCUGUUUUUUGCUGUUUCUGCCUGUAAGUAUCCCAUGGGCUGAAGUGGACGAGUGGUGGAUUGGUAUUGUGCAUUAUCUGGCUUGUCUGUCUCCCACCAUCUGUUCUGUCUUCUACCAUCUCUUCAUGAACCAUGAAGGUGGAGCACCUAUUUAUGACACGCUUCUGUGCUUCGACAUGUUUGGUGUCUGCCUUGUCAACACUCUUGGUGCUCUGCCAAUCAUUCACAUAACAUUAUUGUGUCACCCAAUCACCCGUCAAGUGGCGAUGUUGGCGUAUCUUCUCCUCUCUGGCUAUGGUGUUCACUGCGCUCUCACUGCAGAGAGUAACAUUCACCGCCUACAAUCCUUCAUCUGGCAAGCAGGUUUCCGCUUCGUUCUUUUUAUGUUUCGCCUGAUUGGUCCAGGCAGAGGCAGCCCCUCCUCCCUUCAGCUCUACCUCACCAUGGAUGCUCUGGCAAUGUUUGGAGGACUUGUCAAUAUUUCCCGCUUUCCUGAGCGAUUCAGUCCUGGACGGUUUGACUACUGGUUAAAUAGUCAUCAGAUUAUGCACAUCAUGGUCGUUCUGUCUAUAUUGUACUUACACUGGGGCAUGCUGGAGGAUUUAAGAUGGUUAAAGGGAUAUCAUUGUCCUGAUGAAUAUGGUAUUUAUGAUAUUUAA